CUGCGGCACGUAUUUUGUCAAUUGUUUUUUCCAGGCAAUGUGUUAGUGUGGACGGCGUGAAUUCUUUGCGAAGCCAUUCUGUAGCAUGUCCCAGGUGUUCUAGACGCCAAUCCGAAUGGCUGUAGAUGAAUUUGAUGGAGAAGAACUCCCCGACAAGUACGCCGCCCGCGGCUUUUAUGCCAAAUAUGAGCCCAAAGAGAUUCUUGGAAAAGGUGUAAGUUCUACUGUUAGAAGAUGCAUCGAGAAGGAAACCGGGCGGGAGUUCGCAGCAAAGAUCAUCGAUCUUGCUGGCCAGGAACCCGGAGACAGCGACGCCCUCCGUGAAUCCACCUUGCGUGAAAUUUCUAUUCUUCGUGAAGUUGCUGGGCACCCGUACAUAAUUGAACUUCAUGACGUGUAUGAAUCGGAUACAUUCAUCUUCUUGGUGUUCGAGUUAUGCAAGAAUGGGGAGCUGUUUGACUACCUCACCAGUGUUGUGACCUUGUCGGAGAAGAAAACAAAGUACAUCAUGAAGCAACUGUUCGAGGCAUUAUCCUUCGUGCACCGCAAGAACAUUGUUCAUCGGGAUGUGAAACCAGAAAACGUGCUCUUGGAUGACAAUUUUAAUGUCAAGCUCACCGAUUUUGGCUUCGCCAGGAAACUAAAAGACGAUGAAAAGCUACAUGAGGUUUGUGGAACUCCUGGAUAUUUGGCUCCUGAACUGCUCAAGUCUGCUAUGUUUGAGGAUGAGGGAGGGUAUGACAAGGCUGUUGAUGUUUGGGCGUGUGGUGUCAUCAUGUAUACCUUGCUCGUUGGCUGUCCGCCAUUUUGGCACAGAAAACAAAUGGUGAUGUUGAGGAACAUCAUGGAGGGAAGGUUUACUUUCUCUUCUCCUGAAUGGGAUGAUGUGACAGAUUCUCCGAAGGAUCUCAUUCAGAAAAUCUUAAUUACUGAGCCUGCAAAGAGGAUUACAAUUGAUGAGGCUUUGGAUCAUGAAUUCUUUCAGAUCCUGCCCCAGGCGCCAUGGCAUGCUCCUUACUCUAUGCAUCCUAAGGACUUGAUUUCCUUCAGUCAAUACAAGGGCAAAACGUUCAAUGCGAGGAAGAUGUUCCAGUUUGGGAUUCUGUGCGUGAGGUCAGUGGUCAGAAUCAAGCGCUUGAGGUUCACUCCUGAACCUUUAUCCUUGAAUAUUGCCCGCAUGGACCCUUACAAGCUCAGAGCUUUGAGGAAGGUAACUGAUGCCAUCGCCUUCAGAGUUUAUGGGCAUUGGGUAAAGCGAGGAGAAGCACAAAACAGAGCUGCAUUGUUCGAGAAUUCCCCCAAAAUUGAGCUGAAGCAGAUCUGGGUCUCCAGAAUGAGUGGGGUGUGAAUUGCAUUUCUUGGUAUUCAGUCUAGUCACGCGUGUCUCCAGUGUAUGAAAUAUAUCAAAUCUGGUCCCUGUGAUCAA